AUGAAUAAAUGCAAUCGUUUACUAAUAUUGUUCAUUUUUAUUUGUUUAAUUGAUAACACUGAUAAUUUCUUACUUAAAUCUCGAUUAUCGAUUAUUAAAAUUGGUUCAUUCAAUUUACGUCGAUAUUCUUUAUCUAAAGCUACAUCAACCAAUUCAACCAAUUCGUAUAUAUCACAAAUUCUUCAACGAUAUGAUCUUAUUUUUCUACAAGAAAUAAUUGAUAUAUCGAAUGAUAAUCGUGUUGUUAAUCUUCUUCUAAAUCAUCUUCAUAAAAAAUUAAAAUUAAGAAAAUACGAAGCUAUUAUAUCACCACCACUUGGUUCAACAUCGUAUAAAGAACGUUUAGUUUAUUUAUAUCAGAAAAAAUCUUCAAAAAUUAAAAUUCUUUCAUCGUUUGUUUACAAUGGAUCAGUUAGUAAAAUGUUUGAACGUCCGCCAUUUAUUCUUCGUAUACAAUUAUCAUCGUCGGGACAAAUAACAUUUAUUGGUGCUCAUCUUAAACCAGAUUGCGUUUAUAAUGAAUUUCGUUUGCUACGUACAGUUAUUGAUGAGUUAAAAGAAAAAUCUUCUAUCAUAUUAUUAGGCGAUUUCAAUGCUGAUUGUUCAUAUUUAAAUAAUGCAAAAAAGAAAGAAAUAAGAAAUAUAUAUUUCAAUGAAUUUCAAUGGUUAAUUGAUGAUCGUACUGAAACGAAUUUACUUGAAUCAUGUUCAUAUGAUAGAAUAAUUGUUUCAUCAGGUAUUAAUCAAUGGAAAAAAGUCAAUUGGAAAGCAAAUACUAAUGGAACAUUUCAAUUUGAUAAAAAAUUUAAAUUAACUAAACAAUCAGCUUUACAAAUUAGUGAUCAUUAUCCAGUUGAAGUCGAUAUUUAUUAA